AUGGCCAACUCCCCGACUAGUAUAGAAACACAAAUAGACAGUUUCUUAGAACAAUUUAAGAGAAGUGCUUCAAAGGCCAUGGAGGAAAAGAUGGAGUGGCCUGAUGGACCGUCACCAGGUGUAGUUAAAUCCCGCAGUAGCUGCUUCGCCCUGGACGCAGCAGCUGGUUACGUGGAGCGGAGAAUGUCGUACGAAAAAAUGGAAGUAGUGAAUACUGCUGAAAAAGAGGCUAGUGAGGUGCUGCACUCGCUUCUUUCGGUGGAGCGCCGGAGCGUAGACAGCAAGGAGGCCAUCAUCGUGUCCAUACCGUCGGACCAGAAUGGCGGCGGCGAGUAUGGUGAGAAUGCUCAGUGGCACACACCAGUAAUGGGCCAACACUCAGUCUUUGAGAUAGGCUCUCAAAAUAUGCAACAACACAAUUACAAUGGUCACCAGGAACAGGUUUUGUGGCAGGGACAUACCAUACAAGUAGAAAAUGGGGGCAAUUUGCAGGCUUUACCUGGCACUUACAGCAUUGAAUUUGAGUCCCAUGUGGAGGGAGAGACACCGGAUAUGGAAGUUGAUACUAAACCAAAAGUUGAGAAGAAAACUGUAAAUAAAAAAAAGAAAAAAGCAGAAUCUGAUAGUGAUGAAGAGGUUCUUGACAAUAAGUUAGAAGAUAAUCCUACACAGGUCAAAGAAAGACUGAAGAGAGGUUGCGAUUGUAAGGAUAAUUGUUAUCGAGGUCUCAAUCCAGAAGCAGUCUACAGGCACAGACUGAACAUUGCUGAAUUGACCAAAAGUGAACAUGACAUGUAUUUGAUGGGUAUCACUAUGGCGAGCUUAGCAAAUCCAGCUGAGACAUCUCGGCAUAAAGUUAGAAGGAGAUUGAGGGCUUGCUAUGUGUAUCAAGGGAGAAAGGUGUGCCUAGAGGCUUUUUUAUAUCUUGAAAAUGUAACACACUACCAAUUAAAGAGGAUCAGGCAACAUGUAAUGACCCAUGGCGUUGCUCCCCGUAUUCAUGGCAAUGUUGGUAAGAAGCCAUACAAUACAUUUACUCUAGAUAUUUACAAACAUGCCACUAAUUUCUUAAAGGAAUAUUUAAAGCAACAUGCAAGUUCUCCUAAAGAUGUUCAACCUUCAGGAGAAAGUGGCAAAAAGGCUAGUAAGACUGUUAUAAUUCAAGGAGAUUCACGGAAACAUUUAUUCGAAGCUUACAAAGAGUAUGGGGAGAUAUUAGAACCAGGUGUGAAACUUAUGGGUUACUCCACUUUCCGUGCUUUCAUGAAGGAUCAAUUUCCUCAUGUCAAAUUUGCAACUAAAAAACAAGAUAUACCAAAAGACUUGGUGCCAUUCCGGAGUGGGAAAUGUAUGUCUUAUGAUAAAAAUAAGGAUCCUAUUCGGAUACAACAAGAAAAAGAAAAAGCAGAAGCAAAGAAGGCAGCUAUGGAAGCUAAAAAGAAGGAAGAUCAUGAGAGAGAGCAACAUGCACAACAGCAGGCUCAGCAGCAACAACAGCAGCAACAGCAACAACAACAGCAACAACAACAACAGGUGCAGCAACAACAACAGCAACAGCAAGUACAACAAGUACAAGUUCAACAACACCAGCAGAUGCAAAACCAGGCUCAUGUUGUUAUACACCAGCAGCAGCCUCAACAACAAGCACAAAUGCAACAACAGAUGUUGGUACCACAAGUCAGCCAACACCAACAAGUUCUCACACAACAAGUUGGUGGGGUACAACAAGUUACACAACAGCACUGUGUUCAACCUUUGGGAGUGUCUGAGGAAGGUGGUCAGCAGGUAGAAAUGGCUCAGCAAGUUAUACCAUUGGCUGUGGUUCAACAACCACAACAGGCUUAUAUAGUCACUCCAGUGUCACAUUUCCAGACUCGUGUACAAGGGGCUUGGUAUAGACAUUGA